UUCCUCCACAGCUCUCACACUUAUGCAGCUCUUUCACUCUCAUCAGAUAUUCAAUGUCUCACCAUCACACUUGAGUUUUCCCUAUUUCACUGAGGAUAGCAGCUGCACAGAAUUUCACAUCAGUGGAGGGUAAAUACACCCUUCAUCAUCUUGUUUGUAUUUUUGUAGUUGAAGAAGAACUUUUAUCACAAACUUAUUGGAAGUACUUUGGAGCACAUCACAGCUGCAUGCGGGCGACAGCAGCUCGGGAGCGAUGUCAUCUCUGCUUUCUCAAGAUCAGCUGCGCAUUAGAAAGGCGCUCUCCGACUCCUCUCCGGCUUCAUCCACCGCCGCCACCAGGAGCCUGAGGCAUGAGAGACUGUCGAGAUUGGGCUCGUCUGGGUCCUCCGACAUCUCCAACGACGUUUCAACAAACCACGCCGAGUCUUACUUCAAACGGAGGGAGAACAGACUGUCUGCAAGGAAAAAGGCAGAGGAAGAGAUGGCAAACAAUGACUAUAAAAAGAUGUAUGAGAAGGCGCUGGCCACCAAUCAAAGGCUCAAGUCCAGGCUGGAAACAAGUAAACAGGAACUCGCCAUGAUUCAGGACCAACUGCAGAGAGCACAGAAGGGGAAGCCAGGAGACUGUGGCUCCAACAUGCUUGAGACAGAAAAAAAGGAAAGUUGGAGUCUAAAAAAGAGGAUAUCAGAUAUGGAAGAACAGUUGAAGGUUAAAGCAGAGCUUAAGAUGGAGAACCAGAGACUGAAGGACGAGAACGGAGCUUUGAUCCGGGUCAUCACCAAACUGUCCAAGUGAGACGGGAAGGACGAGAAGAGAAGAGAAGAGAAGAGAAGAGAGACGGACACCUGAAGUCUGUGCCUGCGUUCUCGCUACAUUCACGAUAUCCUCAGAAAGAAUGUAUGUACAUAGUUUUCCAGUUCACUUGGGAAACUUGACAUUUUUUGCCCUGUCGUCUGUAACAUUUUCAGGGAUGAAUACACAGGGAUGAUGACAUCAGCUGUGAAAGCCUCCUUGUACAGUACUGGAUCUACAGUAUUAAAACAUUCCCAGACAGACAACACAUUAAGUUAAAGUUCAUGCUGUUUGUUCAUUUAAAUAUUUCUACAUAAAGCCAAAUGCUAGCACAAU